AUGGCCAUUUUUUUGGCUGCAUUUCCUCGCAUUGAUUCAUGUAAAACCAGAAUUCGAGCUGAAUGGACUCGUCUUCUUGUAGCCGGAACUGCAUAUAAGGGUCCCUGUUUAGAUUCACUGAAAAUCAAAUAUGCCCGGAUAAAUACUCUCCUUUGCGCUGAAUCUGAUUCUUCCAAGGUCAUCGAUUAUUUGAGAACAUUGAACCCAGGCCCUAUAUGCAUCGACAGUCUUAUUCCAAACUUGAUAAAGUUUGAGAAUAUUCCUGCAACGUUUCAAUUUCAUCGAUGUCCUCUUGUUAAGGAGGGAAAGCUUAUUGUUCAAGAUAGAGCAAGUUCACUACCGGCUCUCUUUUUAGAUCCUCCGCAUGGGUCAGUUGUUCUCGAUGCAUGUGCCGCUCCUGGCAAUAAGACCACACAGCUUGCUGCAAUAAUGGCCAAUUCCGGUACGAUAUCUUCCUUAUCAAUCCAGCGCUUUGAGCUCUUAAAAUCCAAUAUUGCGCUUGCAAGUGCAUCUGCAUCGACUCUGUGUGUUAAUGCCGAUUUCCUACAAAUUAAUGUCGAAAAAGACCCUUAUAAAAAGGUGGAAUAUAUCUUGUUAGAUCCUUCUUGUUCCGGGUCUUGGAUGAGUUCCAGAGAUGAGGAUGCUUGGAACACAGGAUCCUCAAGCUCUCGUGUUCCCAAGGAAGAGCUUGAUCAACGGAUCGGAAAGCUUUCUGCUUUUCAAGAGAUGGCUCUUGAAAAAGCAAUGAAAUUUCCAAAUGUCAAAAGAAUAGUCUAUUCAACAUGUUCGACCAAUGAACAAGAAAACGAAAUCGUCAUCGCCAAUGUAUUAUCAAAAAAUCCCAAUUUUGUUCUCAAAGACAUCCCUACUUUCCUUUCAAGCUGGAGUCGAAGAGGAACUAAUGGCCUUCCAACAGGUUUUGUUCUUAUAUAA